GUAUGUGGGCUGGUCCCGCUUCGCAGAGGGGAUGCGGAUGACCUUCACAUAAUACAAGGAGACGUGGUUUUAUUUCUGUUAUUGUGAAUGAAGUAACACACGUCGACGGUGGGCUCACGUACCUAACCAGUAACUGACCAAUGGAAGACAAAGAAGAUUGUGUAGGAAAAAUCCUGAACUCUUUCAGUCCAGAGAGGAAAUGAAGAUGUUUGUCAACUGUUUCUUAAGGAGGAAAGUCAUUUAAGAGAGAAAGUGGAAGCGAUUUAUCCAUUUGAGGAUCUCAACAGGAAGUCUCAGCCUCAGUCAAGACAGGAGCCUCUGCACAUUUAUCAGGGAAUCUGUCUACUUGGCCUGUUAAACCUAUAAGCUUUCCAUACAGACAAAAGGAGUCACUAUCAGUGUUUUAAACAUGGCAGCAGAUCUGGCCUUAGUCACUGUUCUCGUCCAGCUUCUUGUUGAUUUGGUGACAGGUGACAGCAUUGACUUCUACAAUAUCAUGCCUGCUGUAGAAGCCACCCCGUACCCCAAGAGUUUCAAGUGCUUCACAUGUGAACAGGCCUUAGACAACUACAGCUGUAACCGCUGGGCAGAAGAUGUGUGGUGUCCUCAGAAUACUCAAUUUUGUAUGACAAUACACCACUUCAGCCAUCAUGGAAAGACAAAAUUAGUUACCAAAAGAUGUGCUGUGCGUGAAGAAUGCCAGUUAGCUGGCUGUAGACAUCACAAAAACACACACCAUGAGUGCAUUUCUUGCUGUGAAGGGAUGGUUUGUAACGUAGAGCUGCCGACCAAUCACAGUAAUGCAGUGUUUACCCAGAGACAAACCCAAAGCUCGGCAGCACCCACUUUCAGGAUCUGGGAUUGUGUGACCCUGCUGGUCCCAGUUCUCCUGGGACUGCUACCAUUGUGAUCCUCAGUCAUAAGAACCUGUUCGGUGAUGAACAGCACUGCAAAUCAUUGAGACUGAGGAGACGUCAUCCACACUGGAAUAUUAAUACAGUCAGAUGGAUGUUUUCAUUAAGGUCACACACAGUAAUAUCAUGCAGGAGAAAGCUAGCGUUCCCAUUCAUCUCAGUGGCAGGAUGUCGCACUCGCAGGAUUCUCUCUAAGAAUGUGAUUGGCAUCUUUGCUGAUGGGCUCGCAGAUGUUCUCACGACUGAUCAGUGACUAAUCACCCUGGAGCCGCAAGAAAAAUUACAUCAUGGCUUGGCUGAUUGGGUAAUGAACCACAAGAAGAAGAACACUUACUAGUGACUGUCUGGAGCUGUAAUAUAAGUCAAUUUCACACUUGGAGGCUCCCUUCAAAAACAGUUGUGGACACUGAAUAAUCUACAAUAAUAUAAUGACAUGUUUGUGACUUAUACAUUACUUACAAAUUAUUUUAUUCUCUUAGAAAACACAAUGACUUGGAGUGGAGACAGAUGCAUUUUGCAACCAAAUGGUGUAGUGGCAACUCAACUAUGCAAAUUAGCAAAACCAUAUCUUCAUUUUUCAGCGA